AUGCAAGAGGAGACCGAUUUCGUUGGAGUGGCACGCCGAGCAGGGCCAUGCGGUGUCGAUACUACUCGGACAGGCAGCCCGACGUCUCACAGAAAGGCUCGACACAAUGUCGGUUCGUUAGAAGUCAGCCCACACGUAGCCACAUCUGUUUUUCGUGGUCAUGGCGGUGCAACACGAUGGUAUCAUGGUGGCAGCAAAGCAAUGAAGACGCAGUGGUACGAGCCCGACUACCAUGUCGCAGCCUUGGCAGUGUCAACCGAGAUCUUCACAUACGCAUAUUUUCAUGAGUAA